AAUAAAAAUUAUAUUGAUAAACAUAAUUUUAAAAAAUCAGAAUUUUGUUUGAAUAUAUUUAUACUUUGGGUAACUUCUACGAAUUAUAGAAUAAUUUUGCCAUAAGAAAUUGUAUAAUUCUGUUUUGCAUAAAUAGAAUUAACACCAUUGAAUAUCAUUAACAUCAAAAUUUAUCCCAGAAUUAAUGAAAAACAAUACGGAAUGGCUUCAGCAUCGAGUACAAGUGCACGCAGUUUAUUUGUUGAUUCAAAAAUGCGAUUAGCAGAUAGAGUUCAAGUUAAUGUCAAUAACAUCGCGUCGCUUGCAAGACAGAUCCAAAGAGGUUCAAAAAGCAGUGAAAUUCUAAUGCAUGCUGCAAAAAGUUUCGCACAGCAAGAACAUGGACUAGAGGUGGCAGAAACAAACUUAAAAAAACUUGCGCUUAUUGUAACCCAUUUAGAAUAUCAAAUGGAGUCAAUAGAUAGAAAUUCUGUGUUAUUGGAGGAAGUUACGGAACAAGUUCGAGCAAUGCAACGCUAAAAAUUUGUCAUGAUCCUCAUUAGCAAUUUUAAAUUUAAUAAUUUUGUAAAUAAUAUCUAAUAACUUGUUUUUUAAUAUUUUAAUGUCUUAUAUAUAGUUUUAAAUUAUUUAUAUGUUGUUUAUUUAAAGUAAUUUAUGUACUGACACAUUCAUAAUCCGCUAUUGAAUGGCAAUAAUUAUUCAUUUAAACCAAAUCAAAUCAUAAAAAUAGUUCACAGUAAAAAUAGUUUCAUGUUUUUAUUCUUUCAAGUGGAUUGGAAAAAUCAUUAAACAAAGUAUAUUUCUUAAGAACAACUUAAAAAAUGACUUUAGACUUAAUUUUAUCAAGGGUAAAGUAUAUCGUAAUGACCAGGACGAUAAAGUAAGUGAACUGCUGGUGUAGCACCUUCAGGAAAGUCAUGUGCAGUUACUUCUGUUCCAGCACCACGAUCCAUAUAACGAACUCGAACACCAGUACCUAAAGCAGUGCUCAUUGCUAUAAUAUGAAUAUGGUCAGAUUCUUUAUACAUUGGUUCUACUUCCUGUAACAUAAACGUUAGGAAAAUAAAAACAUGACGUAUCUUUCUGUAUUAUAAAAUUAAUGAUAAUAGAUGAAAUGUUAACCUGA